AUGGGCAUCGAUCUCAAAAAUCGCGUCAUCAGCUACGUCGACAAGUACAAAUUAUUGCUCGAUGCGUUCAAGUCUAUCUGGACCGUCUAUAGUUCCAAUGACCGUGCAACAGAGGGCCCGGUUCGGAGCCGCGCCUUUGCACAGUGGUAUGGCAAGGUUGCGCCCAAUUUCAUUGCAUACGAAGACACGACCUCGCUGCCCUCGCUCGCGGCGGUCGCGCACGGGACCGUCCUCGAGCUAGGCCCUGGCUCGGGUAAUCAGCUUCAACGGUAUAAGAUGGAUAACAUCACCAAGAUCUAUGGCGUCGAGCCGAACGUGGCGUUCGAGGAUGCACUACACGCUCGCAUCGAGAAGCUCCAGCUAAGCGACAAGUAUGUUCCGGUCUUCUGCGACAUCCGGGACACCGCGGCCCUCGAAAGGCAUGGCAUUGUCGAAGGGAGCAUCGACUGCGUGACUAGCUUCCAGGUGCUCUGCUCGGCUGAUGACCCGGAAGAUGUGGUUGCUCAGGCCUGGCGGUUGCUGAAGCCUGGAGGCGAGUUGAUUGUAUGGGAGCACGGUGCUAGCUCGGACUGGCUUACGUUCGUGGUGCAGAAAGUGUGGAAUCUGCUCUGGCCCCUUGCGUUGGACGGCUGCUCUUUGGAUCGCCCGAUAAUGAAUAUCCUGCUCAAGUCGGCGGAUUGGGAGAUCGUGGAUCUGAGGUACGAAGGGGAGAAGUGGAGUCUGAUGCCUAGGGUCUCUGGCACAUUGAGGAAGGUCCAGCGAGGGUAG